UUGCCUUUAGCCGGCCACACUAUAUUUUCUCUGCUGAAACCCUAGCAUCCGCCGCCGCGGUGGUCUCUCCAAUGAACGCUUACUUCUCGGAUCUCGGAGCGAGCGAUCUCCUCCGCUCGAUCCUCGAGCUGUUAUCACCGGCGGACCUCGCGCGUGCGGCGUGCGUCUGCAGGCUAUGGAGGGAGUUGGCUUCUGAUCGGGAGCUUGUGGAGCUAGCUUUCAGGAAGCCGUGGAAGGUGCAGCGGGUGCUAGGUUCGCCGUCUUCUACUGGAUUCUGGCGCUACACAGGCCUUGACCGCUUCGCCAUCUCCCACUGCCUUGUCCGUGGAGACACCGUCGCCGGACUCGCCGUCAAGUAUUCAGUCCAGGUGAUUGAGAUAAAACGUCUGAACAAUAUGAUGAGCGAGCAUGGAAUACAUUCAAGAGAGAGGCUUCUGAUCCCCAUAAGUGAUCCAGAACUUCUUCAUAACAGUACCUGCUUCAUCGAAUUAGAUGAUCAUGCUAAGAGAGAAGUUGCAGUGCUCUAUCUAGAAGGAAACCCUAAUGGAAUAUCAGUUCUUCCUGCUCAAAGAGGAAGUAGGAAACUUAUUGAUUCACUGAAACGAAGCUUGCAGGUUGAUGAUGGUACUGCUGCAUACUAUUUGUCCAUUUCUAAUGGCGAUCCCCGGAAUGCCAUUCGGCGGUUCGCUGAGGAUCUCAGGUGGGAGCAACAGGGAGGAAGAAACUAGAAACUGGUAACAUAUAUAUAAUUGAUGCAGCUCAUCUUGGUUAUGUUGGGCGGACACUGGACGGCGUCUAGAGAUCAAUCAGAAUGCGCCACGUCACUUUUUUGCUCGGUACCGCUCGGUAUUGGGUGACGUGGCGCGUUCUGAUUGGUCUCCGGACUGUCCGGUGUCCGCACAAAAUAAUCUCUUCAAUCAAGGGGUUUUGGGUUCGAAUCUUAC